AUGAGCAAGGUCGAGGAGCCCGCAACGCCAGCUCCGGCGGCCCCGGCCGCGGCCGACGGCGCCCCCUCGCCGCCCAUCCCGUCUCCCGUCCGCGAGGAGUACAGCGAGGGCCUCCCGCUCGUCCACAUCGGCCUCAGCGACGAUGUGGUCGGCCACGAACUCAACACGCUCCUCGACUCCCAGAUGGCGACGAUGCGCGACGGGCUGUACACGCUGGUCCGCGACAUGAAGGGCCGCAUGGCCGCGCAGGGCGACGACGUCAUCGCUGCGGAGCGCAAGCACGGCAUGAAGCAGCUCGCCGCCAAGCAGCGGGCCCUCGAGGCGAGCGAGGCGCGCGUCGCCGCCCUCGAGGCGCGCACAGAGAAGCUCGAGCACAUCCUCAAGCGCUGCGGCACGGUCAUCGGCGACCUCAAGCAGCGCCAGGAGAGCCAGGCCCGCGCCUACCACUGUUGGGGCGCGUGGAUCCACUUCGUCAAGUCCCAGAAGGAGCUCAAGGCGCGCGCGCGGCAGAUCUUCGAGCGCCUGAACACCACGGGCCUCGCGCGCAAGGUCCUGCGGCACUGGCAGGUCGAGGCGCUCCGGCAGAAGGUGGAGGUGGCGGAGGAGCGCUUCGCGGACAUGCUGGCCGCGUCGACCAAGGACCUCAACGGGGAGAUCGAGAGCAUGCGGGAGGCGCACGCGGCGCAGCACGCGGAGAUGCAGACCGCGCUCGCCCGCGAGCGCGAGGCGCGCGUCCAGGUCGAGGAGGAGAUGCGGCAGGCGUUCCUCCGCGGGGUGUGCGCCAUGAACCUAGAGGCCGUCAACGUGUUCAAGCAGGGCGUGCCGCACCCGGCGCUGAACGCGAACUUCCCCGUGCUGCCGCCGGGCGCGACGCCCGUGCCGGACGAGCCGGCGUCGGCGCCGCCGGUGCCGCAGGCGGGGGGGGGUGCGGCGGAGGGGGAGAUUGCGUCGCUGAUCCGGGACGCGCUCGGGCGGCAGAGCGCGGAGGAGUUCCACUCGGCGGUGCGCGCGGGGAACGUGCUGCGCGCGCAGGCGCAGGCGCAGGCGCGCAGCUGA